AUGACACAUUUGUGACAUUACGUUAGUCACCCGAUAUAAUGUAUUAUUCACAACUUUAUUUAUCAAAAUAUUUAAGUGAGUUAUCGUGUUAUCUGGUAACAACAAAAAUGGCAAACUAUUAUCCAACACGGGUAAAAUUAUCACUUUCACAUGACGAGCGAUAAAUAAUAUUUCAACCAAGUCUAUGUCCCUUUAGAUUAAGUGUACAAUAAGUUUUCGAACCCUUUUUUUUCUUAGUGGUAGUUAUGACGAUACUUAAAAGUGAAAAUGGAUAGUGUAAGUGAGAGUAAUGCUAAAACGGAGGAUACGAGUGGACAGAAGAAAGAACUGCCUUCAAAUCUGCAAAAGAUUUGUCUUGUGUGUGGUGAUAAGGCUUUAGGUUACAACUUUAACGCUAUAUCGUGCGAAAGCUGUAAGGCGUUUUUUCGUAGAAACGCAUUAACAAAUAAAGAGUUUAAGUGUCCAUUUUCCAAUAACUGCGAGAUAACUGUGGUAACGAGAAGAUUCUGCCAAAAGUGUCGUCUAGAAAAAUGCUUAUCUGUGGGUAUGGUGAAGGAGUUCAUCAUGUCUGACGAAGAUAAAGCGGAGAAGAGACGGAAAAUAGAAGAAAACAGAGCGAAAAAACGUCAGAUACAAGAUUCAGAUGACUCUGUGUCCAGUUCUAAGAAUUUUAGACGAGACGAUGAUAUGACAAAUUCCUAUACGCCUUCGGUACAAGAGUCUAGUGUAUUGCAGUAUGAUGUGCUCAAUAGUACUACAUGUAGCCCAAACAGUACCGUACAGUCACCGCUGAACAAUGACAUGGAAAACUCUAUAAACUCUCCGCCUGUUUAUAAUCAAUAUGCACCAGUACAAAGUACAGAACAGCCCUACACAAUGAAAGUAUAUCCGAUUGAUGAAAAAACAGUUAUCAAUCAAGCAUUAUAUGAACAAAGAAUCAUGGAACAGUACAACAUAUGUGACAGUGUGGAGGGCAUGUAUCAAUCACCCAAACAGAACAGUAUAAGAUCUAUUUUGACUAACGGUGAAACUAAAGAUCAGCAUGUCUGCGAGGAGAUGCCUUCCACGAGCAGCAACCCCGACGUCAACAAAGCCAGAGAUAUACUACAGGAUGUUGAGAGAAUAGAACCGAAUUCAAUGGAAUCGAUAUUGUGCGAAGCGAUCAAACUGGAGUUCGAGGCGUACACCUCGAUCAGCAGCUGCAGCGGCUCGUCUAGAGAGUUGAACGAGGUGGAAAGAGCAAAGUUGAAUGAGCUGAUCGUGGCCAACAAGGCGUUGAAUGCGCCCAUCGACGACGACAUCUCGCAGCUCAUCGGGGACUCGGCCACCGCCGAGCUGAAGGAUGGCGACGGAAAACACGACCCGAGGCUGAUAACAAUAGUGAACCUCACGGCGAUAGCAAUAAGGAGGCUAAUCAAAAUGGCGAAGAAAAUCAACGCCUUCAAAAAUAUGUGCGAAGAGGAUCAGGUGGCGCUGUUAAAGGGAGGUUGUAUAGAAAUGAUGGUCCUCCGAAGUACAAUGACAUACGAUGGCCAAAGAAAUCAAUGGAAGCUCCCCCACAGCCACGAGCAGUACGGCUGCAUCCAGACCGACGUGCUGAAGCUCGCCAAGGGCAACAUCUACCGCUCGCACGAGUCCUUCAUUCGCUCGUUCGAUCCGAGAUGGCGGACGGAUGAGAACAUUAUACUCAUCAUGUCCGCCAUCCUGCUGUUCACGCCCGACCGCGCCAAGGUCGUCCACCGCGACGUCAUCAAGCUGGAGCAGAACUCGUAUUACUACCUCCUCCGGAGGUACUUAGAGAGCGUAUACCCAGGCUGUGAAGCAAAGUCCACCUUCCUGAAACUCAUCCAGAAGAUUCUAGAACUGAGGAAGCUCGCCGAGGAAGUGACGGGAGUGUACCUCGACGUGCAUCCGAUAGAACCAUUGCUUAUGGAGAUAUUUGACUUAAAACAUCACGCCGCAUGACCCCUACGGUAACAUUGAGUAACACAUUUCGUACACUAUGAUCCACUCCGGCCUAUUGUACACUGAUGACAUAAUGUAUGUCAUAUCGGUAUUUUUUCUUACCUCGUAUCUCCUAGAGAACAGUACACUUGAAAAUUUAGUAAGUUCUAUUCUAAAGUAAUAUAACCGCUCAUUUAUACUCGUGAUCCACUGUGAUCCAAAAUAAAAAUAUAAUUUAUUGAUUUUAUUAUAAGCCUAAAGUUGAAAAGUUCUCUAUUUAAUUGUUACUCUAAAGUAAUUGUUAAAUGUUUAUUGAAACAUGCGUACGACCAUAUUUAUUUUAAUAAAGUAUAUUUUGAUAUGGUUGUUAUUUAUGGUCUCAUAUAUAGGUAGUUUUUAAAUCGUAAGGUUUGUUUAAAUCUAA